GGUCCUGCUCUCAGCUCAGUGUUGAGUGAGAGGGUGAUGUAUCAGGACGUCCAGUCAUCCAUAGAGGAUCUGUUUUUCCCCUCUGAGUGCAAAGCACAUGGGACAGUUUCAGUAACUUUCUUAAAAGUUUUAUUUCUAGUUUAGUUCUGACAUCCAGCAGAAUGUCGGGGGACUCUGUGCUCGUCGGCUCCUUUGUGGCCGCGGACUAUUUGGUGUUUGCUCUCAUGCUCCUUGUGUCCGCUGCCGUCGGGGUCUACUACGCCUGGGCGGACAGGGGCCAGCAAAGCUCGGGGGACUUCCUAAUGGGGGGCCGAAGACUGACGGCCCUGCCCGUGUCCCUGUCCCUGACCGCCAGCUUCAUGUCAGCCAUCACAGUGCUGUCCAACCCAGCCGAGGUGUACCGCUACGGAGCCAAUAUUGGAUUUUAUGGUCUCUCCUAUAUAGUGACGAUGGUGGUCACAUCCGAGGUCUUUCUGCCAGUGUUUUACAGGCUGGACAUCACCAGCACGUAUGAGUACCUGGAGCUGCGCUUCAGCAGAGCAACCCGUCUGCUGGGGACUUCACUCUUCAUUGUUCAGACAAUCAUCUACACUGGAAUCGUCAUUUAUGCCCCAGCUCUUGCUUUAAACCAAGUCACUGGGAUGGAUCUGUGGGGUGCAGUUGUUUCCACAGGUGUGGUCUGUACCUUUUACUGCACCAUGGGCGGCCUGAAGGCCGUGGUGUGGACAGACGUGUUUCAGCUUGGUGUCAUGCUUGCAGGCUUCCUGUCUGUCAUCGUCAGGUCUGUGGUCGUGCAAGGGGGAGUCCUCCCCAUCAUCUCAGAUUCACAACAAGGAGGGAGACUCAACUUUUGGGACUUUGACACGAACCCUCUGAGGAGACACACGUUUUGGACCAUAACUGUUGGAGGAGCAUUUGUGUGGAUCAGUAUCUAUGGGAUCAACCAGGCCCAGGUUCAGAGAUACAUCUCCUGCAAGAGCAUCACUCAUGCCAGACUAUCUCUGUACAUCAACCUGCUGGGCCUGUGUUUCAUCCUGCUGUGCUCAGUGUUUGCAGGGAUGUGUCUCUUCUCAGUCUAUAAGAACUGUGACCCAUGGACCGCCGGACGCGUCUCUGCUCCGGAUCAGUUGAUGCCAUAUUUGGUGAUGGACAUCCUGGGAGACUAUCCUGGCCUUCCUGGCCUGUUUGUUGCAGCUGCAUAUAGUGGAUCUCUCAGCACAGUGUCCUCCAGCAUCAAUGCACUGGCUGCAGUGACAGUCGAGGAUCUGAUCAAACCGUACACGAACCUGUCUGAGAAACAUCUGUCCUGGAUCUCUAAAGGGCUGAGCAUCAUGUACGGGCUUUUAUGCAUUGGAAUGGCUGGACUGGCUUCACUCAUGGGAGGCAUCUUACAGGCAGCCAUCAGUAUAUUUGGCAUCAUUGGAGGUCCUCUACUUGGCAUGUUUACGUUGGGCAUCCUCUGUCCAUUUGCCAACUCCAAAGGAGCUUUGUCAGGUCUUGUGUCAGGGUUGGUUAUGUCUCUGUGGGUGGGCAUCGGAGCCCAGAUAUACCCUCCCCCUCCUGAGAUGAGCAGACCUCUGUCACUGACCACAGAAGGCUGUAACUUCACCUCCGGCAGCCUCAACUGGACCUCCACUGCUCUGCCAACACACCUAGCCUCCAUCACCACAGCACCAGUACACAAUACCGAUGACAAGCCUGUGCUUGCUGAUAACUGGUACUCUCUGUCCUACCUUUACUUCAGUCCUAUCGGAACCAUCGUAGCUAUCAGUGUGGGGCUGUUAGUCAGCCUGUUUACAGGAGGCUGGAAGCUGAAGGUGGAAUCGAGGCUUACAUUAAUGAAAGAAGACACAACUCUUUAUCACAUAUUCAAGUUUUUUAAAGACCGUGUCACGACACGAACAGGAAAACUUGACCUGACGAGGGACAGAGAGAUGAAGGUUGGCAACAGUAAUCCUGCGUUCUGUGACGUUGAGCUGGACUUAACAAAAAACAGCAUUCCCUCAUGAAGUACAAAUAAUGUUUUUGACAUUGUUUGUCUAAUACAAUUACAGAAAGAAAUGGUGUGACUUUCUACAAUUUGUUACAAUUUAAAAUAGAGCUGCUUUUAAUAUUAAUUUGUGCAACAACACAGAACAGAAAUGAUUCUAUUCCAGUGUGUGGUUUUUAAAAUGUCUUAAAUGACUAAACAUAUAGUUAUUUUCUAGAUAAUUGUUACCUAAUGUGUGUUUGUGUGAGCAUAAUAAAAGAAAUACGUGGAAGGGUUGCCUUUCACCAGAAUGCCAGUAGACUCUGUGGUAGGACACUGUGUGAUGUUUGCCGUCUGCUACAGAAGGACUUCCUAACAAGGGGUCACAUUCUGACACACUCUGCCGCUCUCUCUGUCCCUGAGCGUCAGCGACUCGUCAGCUAGUGCUGGCCAACCCGACCGAGGUAAGGUUACAGCAGAUAAGCUUCAUGCAGAAAUAAUCUCUUUCUGACAGGCCAUUUAUUUCUGAUCCAGGGCCUGCUGAAUGAUGCUUUCUUUAAACAAGAACGUUUAUCAAGCCUCCUGAGACGAGCCAGCAUGUCACUGAGAGCUUUAACUUCCCCACCACAGACAGUUUGGCUCCAAUCAGAGCCGCAGGACAGAAAAGUGACAAAAGCCCUGCAUUGCUUUACUCCCCUGCUCCAUGGCUUGGUACUCAUUAGUGAAAUGGUACUGUGUGAAGGUAUGACCUUAAGAUGACCUAGGUGUUCAUUGUGGGGGAAAGGAGUCAGCUGUUAAGGAGGAAGUGGGGCUGCCUGAACUAAUUAAAGCCAGUUUUGUUCUUAACUAGUUGCAGCAGAACUCUUUCCCUUACCCCUUUCUUGACCCCCCAUGUGUCACCUGGAGUGUAUAAAGAUGAGGCCACACCUUUCACACAGCAUCAUUGCUUGACAGACAUUUGUGCUGUAUGCUCUGAUCCUUUCUGCAGAAAGAUAUUGUGACAGCAAGAAACCAUUUAAGUAUAAAUCAAUUGGAACAUAACAUACAAAAUCGUAUCAAAACUGUAAAAUAUAAUGCAGGCAAAGUCAGGAAUUGAGUUCAGUUUAAACAAGUUUCUUUUCUGCUUUUUUUAGAACGUUUUGAAAUUUCUACCAUUAUUGAAACAUUCUGAGUUAAUAAAUUCUGUUUUAUUUGACCUCUUUAUGAAAUUUCCAAAGUAUCUAGUAUGUCAGAAUUUCUAAUAUUUCAGUUUGUGGGAAUUGUGGGAGAUUUCUAAAUCAAUAUGUUUGACAGAUCUUGUGACAACUUCUUGAUACAAGACAACAAAUAUAUUUCUGGUAGAAUCUCAUACAAGCAAUGAGUCAAAGGAGUUAAAUUGUUGAAUACUGCUGUGAUUUUAUAAUAUUUAUUUAUGACACACUGUUUUAAAAUACUGAUUGUUUUCUAUCUAAUAGUACAUUGGUACAUAGUCAUGUACAUUCACUCUUCAAGAAGUUUGACCAUGUAUUUACAAAUAUAUACACUGAAAAUACAAUGUACAACAUGCUUCAGUCAGUCUGAUACCUUGGCUUCCAGCUGUUUUGAAAAGGAAAACCUAUGAUAUUAACAUAUAUACAG